AUGGACAUAAAGGAACUAAUAGUGAGAGUACUCGAGAGCAGAGAUUUAGAAAUGGUUAAUUGUGAGGCAUCCAUAGAGGGAGAUAGAAUGGACCUUCAUGAGAUAUCAACAGCAGACUUACUAAACUAUACUUUUCCAUACAUCAAAGGCGUUGUGAAUGACCGGGCAGGAAACAGGAGCGAGGGAUUGAAGUUUUUCAAGGAAUACUGUGAAGACUGUGAGUACUUUGGUCUUGUUGGAAAAGAGACAAUGGAGAUGUGUAGAGAGAGCGGAAGGGAUAGCAAAAUAAAGCUUUGGCGAAAGAGUAGGGAGUUCAGGUAUGAUUUUAUAGACUGGGAAGACAGGGAAUGGGUUAUGAAGCUGCUUGAAUACUUUUAUGUUAUGUCGAUGAAGAAUAUUGAGCAUCUCAACAGAGAGAUUAUACUUCUGCAGAACAAGGGCGAUGGAAGUCCCAGUAGAAACGAAGAAAUGGAAUGUAUAAAGGUGGAUCCGCAGGGAAGAAUUGAGAAUAUUUUGAUCAGAAGAAACAAUCCUACCAUGACACUUGAUGAAUUUGCCGAAAAGAUAAUGGCAGGGAUGAACCAAACACCCUCCACUCCUCUCCAGGAAGAGUCGUCGGGUACUUCAGAUGAUGAUGAGAUGUCGAGGGAAGAGCUUCUGAAGAGAGACAGAGAAAGAGAUGAAAGAGAAGUAAGUAGAGGAAAUACCGCGGGAAUGGGCUAG